AACCAAUGUAAGACCCGCCCAAGGAAGUAAAAAUUGAAUACAGUCCAAGGAGCCAUUUGCCGACGGUUCAUUCAUCGUGUGUGAGCAGUUGAUUGCAAAGAAUCAAUAUCAAAGCUAAACAACAUGGCAACUCAAAAGCACUUCGCCAAAGGGUCGCCUGCUCCUGGUCCUACUCCUAAGGGCCUAAUAAGACUGUACAGCAUGAGGUUUUGUCCUUUUGCUCAGAGGGCCAGGCUUGUUCUCCAUGCCAAGGGAAUCAAACAUGAAACUGUCAACAUUAACCUGAAGGACAAACCUGAUUGGUUUUUGGAGAAGAACCCCCUUGGACAGGUGCCAACGCUGGAGACUGAGAAGGGUCAGGUGAUCUAUGAAUCACCAAUCACGUGCGAAUAUCUGGAUGAGGUGUAUGACGGCAAGAAGCUGUUCCCCUCCGACCCCUUUGAGAAGGCCCAGCAGAAGAUGCUAUUGGAGCUUUACUCCAAGGUCGUUCCGUACUUCUACAAGAUCCCGAUGGGCAGGCAGAAGGGAGAGGACGUGUCUGCCCUGGAGACAGAGCUCAAGGAGAAGCUGUGCCAACUGAACGAGGUGCUGGUCAGCAAGAAGACCAAGUUCUUUGGAGGCAACUCUGUGUCCAUGAUCGACUACAUGAUGUGGCCUUGGUUUGAGAGGAUGGAGGUGAUGGAGCUGCCACACUGUCUGGGUGGUUGUGAGGAAUUGAAGAAAUGGGUCGAGCUCAUGCUACAAGAUCCUUCUGUCAAGGCAAACAUGCACAGUACGGACACGUACAAGACCUUUUACAAAACCUACAUGGAGGGCAAACCAGAUUAUGACUACGGUCUCUAAGCUCCAGGUGACAAUAUUGCUCCGGAGAAGAGACAUGGUCUUAAAGUCACAAUGACAUGCCCUUGAUUUACCCUCCUGCCAGUUCUGUGUUCUGUCCAUGACCUUGUAGGUUGUUAACAGAGCUAAGCACUUGUUGCAAUGUCGUUGACAUGCUUUUUGCCAGUCGUCUGAUUUGUUGGACAAAUAUAAAUGUUUUGUUUUUGUAGGAAGCUGAAAGUUUCAAAUGUGUCUAUUUCGGCCAGAAGCACUAUCAUGAUAAUGUAAUUAACAGCAUUCCAACAAUCAUGUGAUGUUUGUUUUGUUUUUACAAAUAAAAAAGACCGUUUUGUUUACCUGA